GUGGAAAUGGGUGGGAAGGGUCGUCGUCUCCGCCGCUGCCUCCUCCUCCUCCUCCUUCCUGUCCUGGCUCCGGCUCCUUCCUCCCUCGGUGAGAAGCUGCCCUUUGUAUGCUUCUCCAUCCCGGGUGCCAUGGAGAGGGUCACCCAUUCCUGAAAGUUGGGAUGCAGCGGCGGAGAGGCGCGAUGCAAAGGCUGCAAAGGGAAGUUCAGAUUGUCCAGCCAGCAACUAAGAUGGCAUCGUGUCACCUGUGGAGUCCAAAGCUCCACGCAAACCAAGGGGAAAGAAACUCUCAUAUUCUCCGCGGGGAAACUGCAAAAAACAUCCUGACAGGGGCAGCUCUACUGCAAAACAAGCAGGGACUGGACAUAGGCCUGCAAGAGAGCCAGAAAACUCAACAUCAGAAAGGAUUGGCAAUGGUGCCUUCUCUUUACUCUGUUUGGAGACCAUCCCGGUUGUUCGAGUCGGUCUCCGAAGAGGACAUGAUGGCAUUCAAGGCUUCCUAUCGGAUGAUGAAGCAGCCCAACCAGUUGUCCAAGGAAGGGCGUCCCAUGGGGAGGCCCAUCGUGCAGGGCCUCAGCAGGGAACCACAGAAAGCACCCGAGAACUUGACAAGAUCGGGGCCUUUGAAAGAGCAGACCUCGACUGAGGUCGACCCUGAGAGCUUGGAGAUAAAACGCCAACACUUCCGGCAUUUCUGCUACCAGGAAAUCGAGGGCCCUCGAGCGGUCUUGAACGAACUCCAGGAGCUUUGUCGCCAGUGGCUUCUGCCGGAGAGGCGUACCAAGGAACAAAUUGUAGAUCUGGUGAUCCUGGAGCAGUUCCUGACCAUCUUGCCACUGGAGAUGCAGAUCUGGGUCUGUAAAGGUGGUCCGGCCACGUGUUCUCAGGCCUUGGCCCUAGCAGAAAAGUUCCUCCUCCGGUUGCAAGAAACGGAGUCUGGUAAACAAAAGGUGCCUGGACUUCUAGAGGAGGAAUUGGUGAAUUCCCCCACAUCUGAACGUGAUCCCUCAGUUACUGUGGAAAGCUGUAUCUCCAUAGAUGAGGAGGAAGAUGAAGCCGUCUUGGGUAAGACUGAAGAACCUAAGGAGUCUGCACAGGACAACCAGAAGCAAAACCCCCUUCUGCUGGGAAUAUCGGAGCCAAUGGAGUGGGGCAUCCCUUUAGAAAAAAUCACAGGAAAGUUGAUAUCCAAUCCUGAGCUAGAAGAGAUUCACAGGAGCCACCAGGUGCAUUACCCAGGGAAAAGUAUAAAACAGGCUCGCCGUUUGGGUGAAAGUGAGAGGAGCUGUCAAGAGGCACCUGUCAGCCAGAAGAAGAAGAAUAAGAAGACAAUGACAACCAAGGCCGUGGCUGAAAAUGGCCUAUGUCCAAGCCUGGGUUUGUUUAAGAAUCAGAAGGUACAGACUGAGAAAGUGCAGCGAUGCAACCCUUGUGAGGAACGGUUGUCUAAAAAGCCAAGCUCAGGGACGCAGGAGAAAGCUGGAGAGCCACCAUCAAAAGGCUGGCCGCGUGAGAGUGACUUGCCCAAGCGUAGCGCCGCCCUAAGACGGGACGAAGAAGGACCCGAAAACCAAGAGGUGGUCUGCAAGUGUAAGGCUAAGAGGAAAAGCCCCGAGAGCAGGCGUUUGCCUCAGCCCAGCUCUGCUCACUUGGGAGCGCCGCCGAAGGGAGAAAAGCCGGCCAAAGGCACCCCCUGCCGGAAGAGGCUCUCCUGGGAAACCCCUUUUCCGAGUCUUGACAAAACUGAUCCGGGGGGGAAACCGCACCAGUGCUUCGAAUGUGGUAAGAGUUUUAGCCAGAAAGGCAACCUCAACAUCCACAAGAAAUCCCACACGGGGGAGAAGCCGUACCCCUGCUUGGAGUGUGGGAAGCGCUUCGUGACAAACUCUCGGCUGCUGACCCACAAGCGGGUGCACACAGGCGAGAAGCCAUACAACUGUUCGUACUGCGGCAACAACUUCAGCCAGCUGGCGCACCUGGUUCAGCACCAGCGGAGGCACACCGGGGAGAAGCCGUACAGCUGCCCCUACUGUGGGAAGAGCUUCAGCGUCAAAGCCAACCUGAUCACGCACCAGCGCACCCACACAGGGGAGAAGCCGUACGAGUGCUCCGAGUGCCCCAAACGCUUCGUUUCCAGCUCUGAUCUUAAAAAACAUAAAAAGGUGCACACUGUAUAGGUGUGUGUCCAUGAGUAGACCUAAGAAUGAUCACCCUCGUUCUCCCCUUUAUAGUAGGUGGAGACGCCCUUGAGUAUUUUUAGUGCACUGUGAGGAUUAAAAUAAUAAAGUCUCCUUUUUUUAAAAAAAAUCACAAAAAGA